GCCGGGCGCGACCUGAUGGCGUGCGCGCAGACUGGGUCGGGGAAGACCGCUGCCUUCUGCUUCCCGAUCAUCAGCGGGAUCCUCAAAACUUGCCCGCCGCCGCCGCCGCCACCACAGGAGGCGCCGGCCCUGCGAAUUGCGUCUCCGAACGCUCUUAUUCUGUCUCCGACAAGAGAAUUGUCCUGCCAGAUAUAUGAGGAAGCGAACAAGUUCUCUCAUCAAACGGGUGUCAGGGUUGCUGUGGUUUAUGGAGGUGCUCCCUUUUAUCAGCAGUUUGGAGACCUGGAGAGAGGUGUGGAUAUUCUUGUUGCAACACCCGGCCGUCUAGUGGAUUUGAUCGAGAGAGCUAGGGUUUCUCUUCAGACAAUCAAAUAUCUGGCAUUAGAUGAGGCAGAUAGAAUGCUGGAUAUGGGUUUUGAGCCUCAAGUAAGGAAAAUAGUUGAGCGGAUGGGUAUGCCUCCUCCUGCCGUUAGACAAACGAUGCUUUUUAGUGCAACCUUUCCAUUGGAGAUGCAGCGGCUAGCUGCUGACUUCCUUUCAAACUACGUUUGUUUGGCUGUUGGGAGGGUUGGAUCAAGCUCUGCCUUAAUUUGCCAAAGAGUCGACUAUAUUUCUGAUGUGGAGAAAGGAAACCAUCUAAGGGAUCUUCUCUAUGAACAAAGAGCAAGAAGAGUUGAUAACAAGCAAGCUUUAACUUUGGUUUUUGUGGAAACAAAAAGAGGGGCAGAUUUCUUGGAGCAUUGGUUAUCAGUAAAAGGUUUACCUGCAACAUCUAUUCAUGGAGAUAAAACACAGAGAGAACGAGAGCUUGCGUUAAAAUCCUUCAAAAGUGGUGCUACACCUAUUAUGGUAGCUACUGAUAUUGCCGCACGUGGUCUAGAUAUUCCACAUGUUGCUCAUGUGAUUAACUUUGAUCUCCCGAAAGACAUAGACAAUUAUGUUCACCGGAUCGGCAGAACUGGGAGAGCUGGAAAGUCCGGCUUGGCUACUGCAUUUUUCACUGAUAGUAACCAGCCCCUAGCCAAAGCUCUGGCUGACCUUAUGCGAGAAGCCAAACAAGAAGUCCCAGAUUGGCUUCUCCAGUUUGCUGACAUGUCAUCUUAUGGUAGAAGCAGAAGCCGACGGCCCAACAGUGGCGGGAGGUUUGGGGGCCGUGAUUAUAGAAGGGAUUCUUCAUCGUGGGGAGGUAAUUAUCAGGCUGAAACAUAUGGAGGUACAAGUGCAGGUGAGAAUUCCCAUGCCUCGGCUAAUUAUGAAUUUGGCCAUGAAUCGAUCACUCCGACUGGUUGGGACUAGCCCAAUCUCCUUUCCUUUUCUUCCCAUCCAUGGGGAGUGCAUAAUAUACCACACACACUAUACAUUAGUUAGUGAUGGCGAACCUCUCUUUUAAUUUUUUGUUACUCGCUUUAUUCCAUAGUAUUGGCUAACUAUGAUGGUGCAGAUAAAUCAGGUUUCUUAGUCGGCUUUUGUUUUGGGGGAUUGCAGUAAAAAACUUCUUGUUCUUAACUCAAUUUUUAACAUAGGCAGUUGGGUGAAUAUUUUGUAGCAGGCAAAUGUUUUGUAGAAAGGUGCAGAAUACGAUGCAUUUUGCAUUAGUCUAUAAGCCAAUUGUUCAAAAACCCUGUUCACUGCUUUCACAGUUUCAUUAUUGCUGUUUCAUUGUUU